AGUACAGAUUAAGAGAUUGAGACGUGUCUGUACUUUUGAAGCAAGUGCACUAAGUCUUGUACAAUGUAACUUUCUACAAAGUGGGUGAACUUUACGUAUUGAUAUCCGACGUUUGUUGGGAUUUUGAUGGCGCUUUAGUCUCGCCAUGGACACACCCAAAAACCAGAGUUUGGUUCGAGUCAUGAAAAAGGACAACAAGGUCCAUGUUAAAGAUGUCGUUGAGGCCCAAAGAAAGGUAGUGCACCUUAAGGUUUCUAUUCUUAACAUCAUUGAAGUCGACACAUUGAAGGAGAGUUUUACGGCGGAUGUUUUCUAUCAGGCAAGAUGGAGGGAACCAAAACUUGACGGUAACAAGGGGAGUGAUAACAUAGAUUGGACAACUUACUGGAAUCCAAAGGUUUUCCUUUCAAACGCCAUUGCUCAGAGAGACCAUGCCACGUGGUUUGUGCUCCAAAGUGAUGAGACUGGAGAGACCUAUAUCGUGGAGAAAAACCGCAUGGUGGCCACUUUUACCGAGAGCAUGGAACUAGCACUGUUUCCUUUUGAUAUCCAGGAUUUGAACAUUUUUAUCACGACGACGCUUUCUGAGGCGGAAGUUGGGUUUCAUGAAGAUGAUAGAGAAAUAUCAAGUGUUCACACCGAAACAUUUGCAAAGAAACAGGAAUGGCAGAUUUACGAAUUUGUCCACUUUACGCCAAAAGUUUUAACUCAGGAAUAUGCCAACAAUAAAUUCAAAAAGCCUGGCAUGUACGUCUUCUGUAGUGCGGCCAGGAAACCGGGGUUCUUUAUGUGGAAUGUCAUUGUUCUAAUGUGCAUUAUAAGUUCCCUGGCCCUGGCGACUUUUGCGGUGGCCCGGAGUAAGAUAGAGAACCGCCUACAGCUGUCAAUCAUGCUGGUACUGGUAACGGUGACCUUCAAGUUUGUCACCAACCAGGUCAUCCCCAAGAUAUCUUAUAUGACACACCUGGAUCGGUACAUUAUAGGGAGCACCAUAUUCCUGUACCUGAUAGCGAUGUGGCAUGCUGGGUCGGAGACACUGGUCACUGAUGACGACUUACUGAGUACCCUGGACCAGUACGCCUUUUAUGGCUUCUGUGGACUGUUUGGUCUCAUCCAAAUCAUAUUCACACUGAUAGUGGUCUUAAGUGGUUCUACCAGACGAUAUGGAGUCAACAAGAAACUCAAGAACUAUCAUAAAAAACGACAGAACAUUAUGAGAUCAGUAGAAAUCGUAAAGACGUCCAAAACAAAUACAUUAGUCAAGAAACAGACCCUGGAUUACAGUGCCGACUGAACGCAAUAACAUUUACAUUUAUUGAAGAUCAUCAGUGCUCAUAUAUAUGUAUAACGAUGAGAGUUGUUUAAUUUGAUAUGUUUAAAUUGCCUGUUGGUAAAAGUCAUUAUAUUUUUGUAUGGUAGUAUUAUCAAUAUAUAGUAUUACACU